GCCAAGUACAUGUUAUUGACCAACAAUCGGCAUCUGUGGUAGGUGUCACCUCUCUUCUGCAAAGCUCCCAAAAUACGGGCGCUGGUUCUCUGGGUGUGUGACGUGUAUACUGUACAACUCUGCUCACGGUGAGAGUAGAGAACUGAAAUGACUAUACUUCCUCUCUUCUAAAAGUCUUGCAUCAUCUCCAUGACCUCCUACACUUUUCUUUUGUGUGAACUGUUAGGUGAAGUUGUUGUCUCUUUUUCCCCUCUUCCUUUAAGCUCUUUUCUGUUCUGCUUCUUUAAGUGCUCAGGGGAUGAAGCCAUUCAAACAAACUGCCUGGUCUCUCCUGACUUAUUUAUAGUGUAAGUAAACAGCAGCGUUUGUCUCUAGUUUCUCCAAUGGUACUGGGACUAGUAAAUGAUCGGUUAUAGAACAUGGCUAAUGUGACAGACAUGGACCUGGACCUGGGAGGGAUAUUUCUAGAGAAUAGCACCUAUAACUACGAUGGGGACUAUGUUUAUAAAGAGGACUGCUCCCCUGAAGAUGGCGUUGGAGUGCGUUUUGGCUCGGUGUUCCUCCCAAUGCUCUACUCCCUGACACUGGUCCUGGGGCUAGUGGGUAACGUGCUGGUCCUGGUGGUUCUGGUCCAGAGGAGGCGGAGCUGGAGCGUGACUGACACCAUCAUCCUGCACCUGGGCAUGGCUGACACCCUGCUGCUGGUCACGCUGCCCCUCUGGGCUGUUCAGGCCACUGGGGAAUGGAGCUUCGGGACCCCCCUCUGCAAGAUCACUGGAGCCAUGUUCACAAUCAACUUUUACUGUAGCAUCUUCCUGCUGGCCUGCAUCAGUCUGGACCGCUACCUGUCCGUGGUCCACGCGGUCCAGAUGUACUCUGACAGGAAGCCCUGGAUGGUGCAGGCCAGCUGCCUGUCCGUGUGGCUCCUCUCCCUCAUCCUCUCCAUCCCCGACUGGCUUUUCCUGGAGUCUGUGAGGGACACCAGACGAGACAAAGUGGAGUGUGUUCACAACUACCCGUCCCUCUCCCAGUCUUGGUUUGACUGGCGCCUGGCCUCCCGCCUGCUCUACCACACAGUGGGCUUCCUCCUCCCCUCUGCCGUGCUGCUCUUCUGCUACUCCUGCAUCCUGCUGCGGCUGCAGAGCGGCUCCCAGGGCCUCCAGAAGCAGAGGGCCGUCCGGGUCAUCCUGGCCCUGGUGCUGGUCUUCUUCCUCUGCUGGACUCCCUACAACAUCACCCUCAUGGUGGACACUUUUCAGGGGAGACCUAGGGAGCCUGUUUCUGUAACAACACAGAGGCGGAUGCAAGAUGCAAGCAACGAUGGUUUAAUGAAUAUAGUUCACAGCAGCAACAGGACAGACAGACUGUAGUCAGACGGAAUCCGACCCAGGGACUCGGGCGCAUCUUCCGAUGAUAGCGUGCAGAGAAAACCAGGGGAGUGUGUCCGGAUGAGUAGGAAGGAGCACAGCAGAUAAUCCACACAAGAGAAGAGCACGGACACACGACACAACCUCAGGGAAGAAACAACGAUCUGACAACAAGAAACACUGGUUACAGAACAUAUAAAGGGAAGAUAAGUGGUUCCAGCUGGCGCAGACAAUCAGGCCGAGAUUGGGAACCACGCCCACACAAACACGGGAGAGAGAGAGAGAGAGAGAGAGAGAGAGAGAGAGAGAGAGAGAACGAGAAAGAGAAAGAGAGAGGGAGGCAGUGGAUUCAUGAACCGUGACAGUUUCUGUGUCCUAUGAGAACAGGAGGACAGCUGUGGAGAACAGUCUGGUGGUCACGUUUGCUCUAGCCUGCCUGCACGCUUGCCUCAACCCAGUGCUC